UUUAAUAAUCAUUAAAUUUGUCACUUUCUUCAAAUGGGGACGUACGCUAGGUAAUUUUAUAUAUAUUUUUUCUACCAAUGAGUACAGUAAAUUAAAUGAAUUGCAUAAUUAAAGUAUGUUUUCACGACUAAACAAAUUGGCGCUUUCUGCACGUCACUAUUUACCAAUCUGUCUGGACGGGAAAUAUUGCUGUCUCAUCGAAAACCUUUUUUUUUUUUUUCCCCCAGCAAUGCUCUGCGACGCGUGGGAGACGUGUGACGUCGUUGUUAUGGUUACGACAACACACCAUUUGGGUAAAGAAGAAUCAGUGCAGACGAAAAUUUUUUUUUCCAACUCUGCUACGCUUAACAAUAGCAUAGCAACAAUACUUUGCUCCCGGAAAAUCAACCAUGGAAGACAAACCUGCUUCAUGUUUCCGGGUUCUGGAUGAGAUGUUGUCCUCGGGCAAAAUUAGCCAGGCUACAUUCACAAAGGUGAAAGACGGCUUUGAGCUGCUUCAGGAUACUUUAAAGAGUGCGCAAAGUUCCGAGAUGCAGCUUUUGGGAGAGGCAAAGAGGCGUCAGGCUGAGCUGGAGCGGCUCCAGGUAGAAGUACGGAGCCCAGAAGAGCAGCGGGGCCCCCCUGAGGAGCCCGACGGUGAGGUCAGCAAACUGAGGCGACAGCUCCUGCAGGCGCACAAUGAACUGCGAGCUGCUGAGGACAGAGAGCACGCAGCACGGCACGGAGUGCAGCGUCUCUGGGAAGAGAAGCAGCAUCUGGAGAGAGAAAUUCAAACACAACCUGCUGAGCUGGAAAGCAACACAGACAUGUUGAAGGACAAACACGAUGCUCUGAAGAAAGAAGUGGCCCAGAGACAACUGGAUGUCAGAACUCUGACGGAGGAUUUGGAAACCCUUGAAACGCUGCUAUUAAAAGAACAAAAAGAGCUGGAAGAAAAGAUGGAGAUGAUCGAAAUCAAAGAGGCUGAGAAAGCCCAGCUUGGCUGCACACCUAACCGGAUAAUACAAGAAACUGAAAGAAAGCGCUCUUUAUGGGAAGUGGCAAUGAAGAAGAUGGACUCCCUGAACACAGAGCUUUCAGAAACGAAGCAUCAGAUGAGGAGUGCGAAUGAGGGUAAUCAGUCCCUGGAGGUGAUGAAGGAGGAGGUGAUGCAGGAGCUGGAGCGGCUCAGGGCUCGGAUAGCGGCACGGCAGAGGGAAAACAGACAGCUACUGAAGAAGCAGGAGAUCUGCCAGGAGGAGUCGUCUGAAUUAAUGGGCAGCAGGGGUAUUUUGGAAAUGAAGAUGCACAACCUCAUGACUGAUAGGAAACAGCUCUACGAGAACCGAUCUUUGCAGCUCCGAAAGAAAAAUAAGCAGGUGGAGGCCCUCAGACGGAUGGAGCAUGCCGUAUCCAUGGCCACUGAGCAGCUAGCGUGCACGCAAUCCGUCUACAAGAACAUACAAUCGCAAGUGCUGGAUGCUGUUCCCGAACGAGAGGCCAGCGCUCGGCAAAGGAUGGAGCUGGAGAAGGAGAUUGAUGCACUGGCAGUCGGCUUUGAAAAGCGGGUUUCUACGGCUGAAGAAGAAAACCUGAAGAAGCGUCAGAACGGGGUGAUUCAAGAGCUGCUUAGGGAGUCGAAUCACCUCAGAGAAGAACUCCAUAACCUGAGAUGUCUCAGACAGAUCAAAGCGGAGGAGCGGAGCAAGAAGCACCGGGAACGUCUCAAGGCAGAGCAACUGAGCGAGCGCAUCCAGGAGGAGCUUAGAGAGAGAGAGCUGAUCAUCAUGGACCACAACAAGCUCAACGCCGUGCUUCAGCGCAGAAUAUCACAGUAUUCAAAACUGUGUGACAAGUUCCUGGAAGAGAAGAAUAACUAUGCGAGGCUGAAGCAGAUCGCCUCACAGACGAUCUCCGAAUUGACGGAGCAACUUAACAUCCUUGAAAACGAGAUGGAAAUCCUGCGCUCCGUUGCUGACAGCAAGGACAGAUUACUGAUAAAGGCUCGCAUGAAGGUCUCCAGCAGCUCCAAAAUGAGGGAGAAACUGCGUAAUGAGAUCUCUAAGUUCACAUGGAAACGACACCAAAUCCAUCAGCAGCAUGAGGACAACAAACUGGAGUUAAUGAAUCUCACCCAAAUGAUCAAGUUCCACGAGGGGAUUCUUCUGGAAGUAAAGAGAAGUCAUGAGAAUGCCAUCCAAAGACGCAAUUUUCUGGGGAUGCGGCUCUUGGAGCAGGACAAAGUUUUGUCUAACUUUUAUGAGCAGGUGAAGGACCUGGAGGCGGCCGUCGCCAAAAGCAACAGAGCGACCGAGACGGUGGAGAAGGACGUGAGAGAACUGCAGAUUGAGAUCAACGACGAGAAGAGGCAAAUAGACCUGAAGAAGAGGAAGGUGUUACUCAAGAGGAAACUGGAGGAGGAGAUCAUCAUGCUGCAAAUCGAGCUCUCGGAAGCAAGAGACGCGACCCUGAGAAGUGUGACUCGUACCCUUGAAUAUCGGGAGUUAAAGGGCGACGACCCACCGGCUCCGGAACUCGUCAAGAAAAUGGAGCAGCUGGAGGUGAAUUUGGCCGAGCGCGAGCGUCGGCUGCUGGGAAAAGAACUCCUGGUGGAGCGGGUGACCCGGAUGUCGAAGCCGCUGGGGGAGCAGGCGGAGAGCUGCAGGGUCCACAGUCUCUCCGUGGCAAAGAAGCUGAAUGAGGCACGGGCCAAAAUCUUCAACAUCAACCUCUGCUUGAUGGCCGUUUCUGCAGAACUGUCCAUGAAGCGGGCAGUCGCUUUGUCUGAACACCAACAGAUGAAAGAGAGAGAGCAGCAGCUGUCAGAAGCCAGAGACAAAAUGCUGGAAAGCGUCGUUGAGUCCGAGUCGAAGGACGAGGCCUCGCCGCCUUCAGAACUCGACAAUAAAACGGAGCAGCUGUCGGAAGCCAGAGACAAGGUGCUGGAAAGCGCCGUUGAGGCCAACAAGUCGGAGGACGAGGCCUCGCCACCUUCAGAACUAAACAGAAAAAUGGAGGAGCUGCAUGAGCGUGAGAGUCGGCAGCAGCCGGAGGAAGAAGGAGCGGAGCAGGAGGCCGGUCCGUCGAAGCCGCCGGAGGAAGAAGGAGCGGAGCAGGAGGCCGGUCCGUCAAAGCCGCCGGAGGAGCAGGCAGAGACCUCCAGACUCGACGGGUUCAACAGCCUCUCCACAUCAGAGAAGAUGACCGAGUGUCAGCUGGAGCCGGUGCCAAAAGCGCCAUGGUAUUUUGGCGUGGAGGAGGUCUGGAGGAGGAUCGUCCGAGACAGGAGGCUGAGGCAGAGGGAAAAAGAAGAGAAAAAGAGGCACCUCGAAACCAUGGAGGGAUUUACCUCGGUGGAAUAUUAAAACCUGAUUUUACAGAACCAACAGUCCCGGUGAGACGCAGGACAAAGGUUUGGUGUCUCCUUUUCCUUGGUUAUGCAAAUGAAAACAUCUCCCGUGUUCAAUCCAUCAACAUAAGAAAACAUUUUACAAAAAAACAACCUUAAAGUGAAGUGCAUUUUGUGCGGUGUCAGAACCCUUUCAUUUAUUCAUUUGUUUUAAAUGUAAACCAUUUAAGAGUCUUGAGAUAAAUCCUCUUAAUAGCUGUUUGCACGGUUACAAAUUGCCUUCCAUUGAAUGUGUGUUGACUCUAAGCUCUCUGAUGUUGACUUUAGCAGCUUUGAAGAAACCGCCGCCUCAGAAAAUAUGCAAAUUAAAGCCAAAUGUAGAAACCCUGACAGGAAGGUGCCUUGAAAACUCGCAGGUUCUUCCUCCUGCCUUUUUUGAGGCUUCAUUUAUCAGCUGCAGUUCAGCCAACAUCGUGGCAUCAAAAGACUGGCAAUGUCUGAUUUAUACUAAAGGACUGACUGGAGACUAUCCCGCAGUUUCCGCGUCACUUUGCAAACCAACUGGGUUCACAUGGCGGCUCACGAAAUCACAACUUAGUCCUGUUUCCUGUGACUAUUUCUAUUAUGUACAAUCUGUGUUUCAUUUCCAUUUUUCUUCUGUCAUAUUUUAAAUUGGCUUCUCUUAUUUCGGACAUAUGCAGUCAGUCAGCGAACGCUCUUGCGUGAACACAUUGAUCUAUCACAUGCUCAAUAAAACUCGCCUACUUCCUCAUCAAUUAAGCAAAACAAAAUUAAUGCUAGCAAAGCAUUAAAUUUUCUAAUACGUCUCAAAAAUUUUUUGUAAAAACACUCUGGUGUGUUUUCAUAAACUGCACCAUUGAUACAAAUUUUUUGAGAUAUCCAAUGUAGACAUUAGAAGCCCACUCCCCAUUGCUGAACAUACAAAUGACAGUACAUCCUAGGAGACACAUAGGACAAGCAACCAGGCACACACACACACACACACACACCACUAAAAGUUAUUUAGAAAGAUUAUUUUCAAACUGCAGGAAAACAUAUAAACGCUGUGCAAAAAGUUUGGGAUUUGAACCUGGAACUUUAAAAGCUAUAAUUUAAAAAUGCUGACAACUGUUCCACCAUGCAGCCCACCUAAAUAUACCCCUAAAGAUAAUCCUGUGCUUUGUCUACACAUAAUGAACAUUUAUUUAGUUCAACACAUGUAAAAAGACUAACGGUAUUUUUGAACCAACGAAAAAUGAUUCUUGAAGAGCUGUAAGCUUAAAACCUAAAGUGUUGUAGUGUAGUAGAUGAAGAGUGGAUGGCUUAACAUUCCAGUUAUACAACUUUUAUUAACUUUAAAGCUUAACUCAUUUUUAAGCACACUCUGCAUAACUCUGUUUCAUGGUCAGGUGAAAGAACUGAGAGGAAAAAGGGGACACAGCAGGCAUUUUCCUCAAAAACUUCAAAAACAAAAUAACUUUUCAAGAUUGCAGGGAAGUUUGUCUUACAGCAUCCUGAAUGUAAAGAAAAUUACAUUUAUGUAUAAGAUGCAAUGUAUUCUAUUUGUCAAAUGCCAUUGUCUGGUAAAGUCUGAGUCCACAGAUGCUAGUAGCGCUUUGUAUUUCAUGUCCUAGGAAGCUUAUCCUAAAAAUAGAACUUAAAGUCCACCUCUAUGGUUCUAUAUACUUAAAAAAUCGCCCAGGCUAAGUAUGAAUCAUACAAAAUUCAUAUAGAGUUGCCUAAUGUUGCUCUUAAGCUCAUGGUUUUCCCAUCUCAGUCCCUACCCAUUGACCUCUGCCCAUGUUUAGACCUUUCUGGCUGUAGGGUAUUUGUCAGGCUAAAAGCCCUGGCCACUGGCCACAGGGGAGCCCUGACAAACCAACGUAAGCCCUGAAAAGUGAUUCUGGAAGUGCUUUUGCCUCUGUGACACAAUUACUUUUGGUCUACUAGAAGUGUGAGCUUGUCAUACCUUUCACUGUGACGUAUUUCAAUACAUUUUCACGCAAUGAAUUGUGGUUAGGCUUAGAAAAUGACGGACAAAACAUAAGGUAGUUUACAGGGCCUUGUAAAAGUCUUUCCCAACUCGGUCGCGUUAAAUCCACGAACUUCAGCUACUUUUACAUUUCAUUAUAGUGAUUGGAAGGGAAAUCGUACGUAGUCCUUUUCUCUUUUGUUUUCAUUUUUAAUCAAAAUCGCUGAAGCUCAGUAUCUUUGAAUGAAGAGCAACUGUGAGCAGUAAUUUGCACCGGAUUGUCAUCCAGGAUCAUCCUGCAUUUUGCUCCGUUAACCCAUUAACCCUGACCAGCUUCCUUGACGCUUCUCUAUAAAAGCAUCUCUAUUGUAAAAAAUCUAGCUCAGCAGUUUUUCAAAGUGUUUUUAUUAUUAUUAUUAUUAUUAUUAGUUUUGCACAACAUUUCUGCAAGACGAUUAGAAUUAAAGUAGCUGCAAACUACCUUUUUGACAUUUUCUAUAAAUAUGGAUCACCCCAUUGAAGAAAAUGUAGAUUUUCCCUUAUGGUAGUUCUUAAAAUAAAUAAAUUUCCUACAACGAAUAGAAAAUGAAAAUGGAAAACAAUGUCAUUUUUGAAAGGGUUAGAUAACAUUUGUGGUUGCAACGAGACAAAACGUAAAGAUUCAAGCGGUUAAAGUCCUCAAACGUACCUUUUUGCUUGCAACGCAUUAUUUUUGAACAUAAACACAAACGUCACUCACCAGGUACCAAAAAGAAAAAG